GCCUGGUUCAGCCGCGCCGAGACCUACGCGUCGCCCCAAGCACGGCAGAUGCGGAAGCGGCUGCGGAAGGGCGCGCUGAAGGGGAAAGCCGAGGAUGGAGACAGAGAGGAAAUGGAUGCAGGCUGGCAAGAUCCGCCGACGUUUCGCAAACGCUCUCCGCGGGACAGCCUGCCGAAGGAAGGGAUGUCCCGUCGAGGAGAUGUUCAGCUACUGGAAGUUGGCCAAGUCUAUGGCAACUCACCACAGGCAGGCAUGCCAAUUCCGGAGGUUCCUGAACCUGGGCGGCGCUCCCUAAGUUUACCGCGAGACCCCAAUGCUCGAACGUCGUCGCCCUCCUCGCCCCUGGGCACCUUGGAACCGCCACGCGCGCAUCGCCUCCUGGAGCUCCUCGGGGCAUCGUCGCCUCAUGAGGACGUUCCAGAGCCCAUCCUUCCACUGCCGGAGAUGAAGUCGGAGGAGGAGGAGGAGGCGGAGGAGGAGGCUGUAGGCCAUAAGUCUCCAGACAAGGCGGAGGCAACUGAUCCUCGGCUUCCUCAGACGGUUUAUGCACCAAAAACUGUGGAGGAAUUGGAGGAGUUGAUGUUGGAAUGGUCGAAGACCCCAGACGAUUGUCAGGAGGGAGACUUCUGCUACGCCAGAGCCAUCACAGCCUACGAGCUGGUCCCCCAUCAGCGUCCGGAGCAGGACGACUUGAGCUGGGUGGUGGUGGGCCGCAGUGGGCUCAUGUAUUGCAAUGCGGCCGGGAUCGAAGAUUGGGUAAACUACAAGGACUUCUUUGCCGAACGCGAACUCUACCGGCAGAUGAAAAGUUUGCGCUGGGCCAAACGAUUUCAGGUGUCCAAGUGCUUUGCUCACUGGAGCGAGAAUGCGCGUCGUGCCGGAUUCGCAGCGGCGCGCAACAAGCUUGAAGAUGAGUUGUAUCAUUUGAAAGCCACGAGCCAAGAGGCGCUCCUGUGGCUGCACAGCUUUUGUGUCGAAAAGUUUCAACGAUUGAGUGCAUUGGAUGCCGAUGCCAUGGGAAAUCAACCACGACUGCUGGCCGAGUAUGGUGCCAUCCACCAGAUGGGCUGCGAACGUUUACUGGCAUAUGUCGCAAGUUUGGACCAUCAGCUGGAAAGUGGCCUACAGAAAUGGUGUGCCAAGAUGUUGCGGCCCCAAAUCGAGGCGGAACGACAGGCCGCCGAGCGCGCGCCGCCGGAUCUGCCACAGCUGCUGGCGACGGAGGUGGCUCAGACGCACGAUUUUUACAUGCCAGUGCCCUUGGUGGAACGCAGUGAAGCCGAGGUGGCUUUGGGCUUUCCGCCCACCACGGUGGCAGGGCGAGCCCGCUUGCAACGCGUGUGUCUCUCCAUUUGGAGCUUCAUCCGGCUCUGUGCCUACAUGGUGGAAGGUCACCUCCGAGAAGCUGCGCGGCGAGAUUUUCAACGGUUCGCGGCUGCCCUACUUUCGCGGCCGCGGGAAUUCUUCCGUUCCACGGAGUGGCGAAGUUCGAGGAGCGAGGAACCCGUGCGCCGGCGCAUCUCUGCACAUCGCCGGGAGUUGCGGGACCUGGUCUUUCAGUUGGAGCUCACCACAGGAGUCGACCUCCGCCUUUGGCCGCGCCGCGCCCGUGCCGGCAGCGGCACGUUGAACUUGCCGCGGCUGGCGGCGACGCCGGGGACGGAGGACAUUCUGAGAUGGAUUCUUCAAGCCAUCUCCAGCAACAUCAACAGCCUGCAGUCUCUCAGGAUGCCUUCAUGCUGUCGUUCCUUGCUGUUAUACCGUCAAGUGGCUACAGCCAACCGUUUUUUUUCCGAGUCGCACUCAGAGUCACCGCACUGGCCCUGCUAUGAACUCUCUCGCGACGUCCUGGAGGAGGAGCCGUCGCAAAAGGCGUUGAUGGCGCUGCUGGAUCGUUUGAACCUGGCCUCAGAGGUGUUGAAGUCGAUCGAGGAGCAGCUGCAGGUCUUGGUGCAAAACUAUUGCGACGCCUUGACCUUGACUGUUGAGGCUGAGCCCCUGGAGGAGUUGGCGUCUCAGAUGCUUGCCUUGGGCGAGACAAUGAAGGCGGUAAAGGAGAUACAGGAAGUGCAUACGGUGCAAGGGAUUUUGAUCCUGGAAUGUGUCACCCUGAAAAAGGAUCUCAAUGGCGGAUGUCACGAUCGACUGCAAGAACUAGUGCAUCGAUCCCAAGAAGAGAUUGAGGCCUCGUCGCGGCCAGUGUGUGACUGGCUACGAGAGCAUCAGCAGCUGGUGGACGCGGCGGCACCGACUGACAUCGAGAUCUUCCUGCAGUAUCUGUUACAGAUCCAGAAGAUUCAGGACGAUUUUCCCAGCUGCCAAGCCAAGGUUGAACAGAUGCAACGCUUAGAACUGCUGAGCCGGGACACUGGUGACCCUGGUGCACAGCUGGACACGUUCUACCGGGACAUGAUUUUCAACGCCAAGGCGGAUUCGAGGGGCACUCGGAUCAUACCAGGCUUAAGCGCAGGUGGAUCACUUCGGCAAAUCCUUGUCCGAUUCUUUGCAGAGAAUCCAGGAGUAGCUGAUGAAUGGGAUGGUUGUGAUGAUGUGCGGGAUCGUUUGAGGAUGAGUCUCAGGGAUGGCAAACCCCUUCCACCCAUCGACGAAUUGCGUGCUGAAAUGGAAAAGGUUGAAACUUUCCAGAACUUGGUCCUCAUUCUGAACCCAAUGCUGCAGGCGGUCGUCGAUGCAGUGGUGGAGAGGGAGUUGGCCAAGAAGAAACGCGGUUCGAAGGAGGACCUACCAGAAGUACCUGAUAAAGAUGAGGACGAGUGGGAUGAGGAGGCCAAAGAUGAGCUUGGAGAUGUCGAGGAGCAGCAGCAGGAGCUAGAGAAGCAAAAACAGCAGUUGCAAGCAAGCAAUCCCCCAAGCGCUUCAACCCCUUCUGCUACUUCCAAGCCAAACGAUGGGACCCCAGAAGGUGCAGGCAACAGUGACAAGAAGCCAGAACAGGAAAAGACAGGUCCCCCCCAGGAAGCCAAACAGACCAAAGAACAUGUGAAUGAAACUCCCGAAAUCAAACCUUCUGAUGCCAAACCUGAAUCACCCCCACAGCAGUCACAGAGCUCAGAAAGCAAUCAGCCCAACAAGACGCAUCAGCAUAGCGAAGCCAAGCAGCCAUCUAGCUCUAAAGAUGCAGCUAAAAAUGGACCCAGUAAGGAGGAGCUGGUUGAAAAGCGAAAGAAGAUGAUGAAAGCGUUGGCACAGAUCCAGGAACAAAAACGACUGAAGAUGGACAUGUCCGCUGGAUCUCCACCGCUCUCAGGACAUACAGGCGCUCCUGGAAUUUUUCCUCCUGCGACGGACACCUGUGAUACUUUGCCAUAUGAUGCAACUUUGGACGCAGCCCCUUCCUCUUUGGAAAUGGUAGUGUCACCCAACCAUGAUGCCACAGCCAAACGCGAAGCCUAUCAGAACCAACUCAAAAAGGAACAUUGUGUUGGGGAGAGUACCAAAGAUCCAAGCCAGAAAGAGGCAAAGAACUCAGGGGUUUCAGAGCCGAAUGGCUCAGAAGUGAAUGAAGAAGAGCCAUCUUCGGGUAGUAAAGCACCAGCCAUAGAGGAAAAGCACCAGAUGGCGAAAACAAAGCAGACAAAGAAGAAAGAAGAUGAGUUUUCCGAGAGUGACCAUGAACAGGAACCUGAGCCAGCGAAGAUCACACGAAGGGAGCAGAUUGAGAACAAAGGACCACUGCGUGGACGCGGCCGAGGCCGUGGCCGGGGCAGAGGAGGUGCGGGGCGUGGUUGCAAUGACCAGGGCGGUUGGGAUGAGUGGAUGGAACAAGAUGCAGCCCGUGACCCACACUGGCAAUAUGAUGAUGAGUAUGGUUGGUACUGGGAUCCUUCCAUUGAGAAAGACAAGAAACCAAAGACAUCCAGGAAGAAAACUUCCGAGCCAAAGACAUCCACGAACAAAGAGCCCAGCAAGAACAACAAGAGUAGAGAACCCGCGCGUGGAGAGGAACCAGAAACCAAAAAGGUGAAGAAGAGCCCUUCGCACUCCAAGGGAAAGAAUGAUGAGGAGGAUUUGGAGAAAGCUGGGCAAAGGAAUGCACCCAAGGAGAAGAAGGAGAAAAAGGAAAAAAAGGAGAAAAAGGAGAAAAAAGAGAAAGAGGAGGAGGCAUGCAAGAAACGCAAAAAGGAGAACAAGGACUGUGAGGAUGAAAUUUCCCUACCUGAUCCACCAAACUCCAACAAAGAGAUCAAACAGGAAAUCUUGGAUUUCUUGCGACACACAGAGGACUACCCUGACAAAAGUGAUGAAGAGAUAAAGGAGCUGUUCAAAGCGGAUCUCCCUCUCAAAGAGUAUGUCAAAGCGGGAUUCAAUUUGAACAUUUACUGGAUUCGGAGGGGGGUGAAAGGAGUUGGAUGUGGUGUGACUUCUAGGGAAGAGGGGAAGGACGUGGGCUUUUAUGGGUAUCGCACCCAGUGCGAAUGCUGGGUGGUGGCCAUGGCAGCUGCGCUGAAGUCGUGCGAUAUUUUUGUACGCUACAUCUACAAGCACAAGAAGGACAACCCAGAGAACGAGGUGAGUUUGCAGGCCGACGAGGAUGUGCUUGCAAUGAAAGAAGCCAUCAAAUAUGCGGGCAGGAAAGCGCUGACCACUUUUUGGAGCAGUAUCGUCUCACACGAAAAUGACAAGUCGCGAAAGGCGAAGUAG